GUGUGGCAUUCUCCCCACAUUCUGCUUCGGCUUUACGGAGCAGCAAACAGGAUGGCGAAGAUGAGCCUCUCUUCCUACAUGUUAAUGCUGGCCUUUUCUUUGUUUUCUCACGGUGUUUUACUUUCGGCCUCUAAGUCCAUCAGGAACGUAGAAGACGACAUAGUAUUUAAUACAUUCAGGAUGGGGAAAGCCUUUCAGAAGGAAGAUACUGCAGAAAGAUCGGUUGUUGCUCCUUCUCUGGAAGGAUACAAAAACGAUGAGAGCGGCUUCCUGAAGGAUGACGACGACAAGACCACAAAGAACACAGGCUCCAAACAGAAUCUCAUAACUCACGGUCUGCCCCUCAGUCUGGCUGUAAAACCUUACCUCGCUCUGAAAGGACCAGCAGUCUUCCCAGCUGAGAAUGGAGUUCAGAAUACUGAGUCCACACAGGAAAAGAGAGAAAUUGGGGAUGAAGAAAACUCAGCUAAAUUUCCCAUAGGAAGGAGAGAUUUUGACAUGCUCAGGUGUAUGCUGGGACGAGUCUACCGACCCUGUUGGCAAGUCUGAUACCUGCUGGUCCACAACAUCCUUUCAGAAGAAAACGAUUCAUUGCAAGUGGAGAGAAAAGCCCUUAAUGUUGAUGUAACUUGUGUAUCAUCCUAAAUGUCUGUUUUAAAAGAAACUGGUUACGAUAUGUAAAUGCUAUGUAAAUGAUAUGCUUUGACUUGUGCAUUAAACUUCACAAAAAUUCUGCAUAA